AUGCUGUGGAUAGGACAAUGCGUACGUACACAAUCAGAGCGCUACCUCGGGCAAGAGCUUGGGUCGCUGAAGUAUAACCCGGCCGAAAUUCGAAGCGCGCUUUUCGCAAGAUUCGAUGAUGCGCUAUGGAGAAUAACGAACCUUUUCGGCUCGCCGAAGUGCAAAUCACCAUUUUGGACGCGCGUCUACUGGGCGUUGCGAAGGUUUCAAUACUGGCUGUGUUUCUACGAUAAUGAGGUCGAAAUCGAGGCCGACGACGCCGCGGGGAACCCAUUUAACACCCAGCCCCCCUCACUUGAACGCCUCCAAAACGCCACGAAUUUCGACCGGAAAUGGCUGAUGUAUUUGUACAGGAAUUUCAAGCAGAAAUGCCCGAGCGGCCGGAUGGGCCAACCGGAAUGCCGGGGAAUUUUUCGACAACUUUUCCCCAGAGCUGCCCAUUAUGCGUUUGCUGAUCGGCUGUUUUCGGCAAUCACCCACCAGACUGGCCGGAAUUUUAUCACUUUCGAGGACCUGGUGCUGUGCUUGUUCGACUUGACGGAGGCGUCGCAACAAUUCAACGGAGAUCUCUCCACCGAGCACUCGACGGCCAAUUUUAUUAUUAAUAUUAUUGGGGCUGAUGAGCGGGGCCGCGUCGCCCUCUCCUCGUGGCUCGAAUACGCCUCGGCGAUCUGGGGAUUGCGCGCUUCGCGCUCGGCUGCAGUGGAGAAUGCGGCGUCGAUAGGGUUGAGUCAGGGGAACAGUUUGCACCAUAAUAAGUCGAUGAGCCUGCACGGUGACGCGGAAAUGAUCGCCUCCCGGCGGUUGGCACCGCUUUUUGAGCGCUACGCGCGGGAAAGGUUUUUGGAGCUCGACGUCGACAACGACGGCUUCGUGACGAUCGAGGACAUCCGGCGAGAACUUGACAACCUCUACGGCGUCUCGUUGACCUUGCAUACAGUCGCCGACUUCGAGCCGAAACCUAUAGAGCAGCAGCCAACG